GUCAAGGCAGGCAGAAGCUUCAAAAAGCUCGGCUGAGGAGGCUACAGCUUCCUGCUGCCUUCUGGCCGCCGCUAUCUUUACAGCGAUGCCAGAGGAAGGUCGCCCUUACCCCUGGAUCCGCUGGAGCGGGAUCGCGGUCCAGCGCCUGCUGCCAUGGUUGCUGGUGCUUAUUAUUGCGAUUUUUUGUUGGUUCCACUGUGGCGGGCACCACAGUAAGCAGCAGCAGAGGCUGCUGGAGCCAUCUAAGAUACCUAUAGCUGAGUUACAGCUCAAUCUCACAGGUCCUCGGAAGGACCCCACACUGCGCUGGGGAGCGGGCCCAGCCUUGGGAAGAUCCUUCACACACGGACCAGAGCUGGAGGAAGGCCAUCUGCGUAUCCAUCAAGAUGGCAUCUACAGGCUGCAUAUCCAGGUGACACUGGCCAACUGCUCUUCCUCAGGCAGCACCCUGCAGCACAGGGCCACCCUGGCUGUGGGCAUCUGCUCCCCCGCUGCACACAGCAUCUCCUUGAUGCGCCGGCACUUCAGAGAGGACUGCACGGUGGCAUUACAGCGCCUGACGCACCUGGCCCGAGGAGAUGUCCUCUGCACCAACCUCACCCUGCCUCUGCUGCCAUCCCGCAAUGUUGACGAGACUUUCUUCGGAGUUCAGUGGGUAUACCCUUGACCACAACUCCAAGAUGGCUUGUGAAUAUUUUGUUUUCUUUUCAAGUUCUAUGUAUUUAUAAAUGUAUAGUA